AGAGCGAAUGAACAUAACGGAGAUUUGGAGUAUACUUUGGACCUCUCCACAUCAAAUUUUCCUCUCGAUUUCUGUUCUUAAAAUCUUCAAUAAUGGUGUCAAAAGGGAGAUUACACCCUCGAGGCUCUUCGCGGAAAUCCUCAUCGUCAACGUUCAUCUUUUCGGUACUAAUUAUCUGUUCAUUCUUCGUCUUAAUUCUUUUCGGUUUUGCGAUUCUAUCGAUUCCAAAAAGUUCAUCUGAUUCUUCAAAAGUUCAUGAAGUCAAUUCCAUCGUUCACCAUACUUCUAUUGUCGAAAGCGAUGAUAGAGCUGAUCAAUGGGUUGAAGUGAUCUCAUGGGAGCCUAGAGCUGUUGUGUAUCAUAAUUUCUUGUCCCAGGUUGAGUGCAAUCAUCUGAUUAAUCUUGCUAAACCUCAUAUGGAGAAGUCGACUGUUGUUGAUAACGAUACAGGCAAGAGCAAAGAUAGUAGGGUGCGUACGAGUUCUGGAACGUUUCUGGCACGAGGGAGUGAUGAAACGAUCCAAGCCAUUGAAAAAAGAAUUGCAGAUUUCACGUUCUUGCCUGUAGAAAACGGGGAAGGACUGCAAAUUCUUCACUAUGAAGUCGGCCAGAAAUACGAGCCUCACUAUGACUACUUUCUUGAUCAGUGUAACGCAAAGAACGGAGGUCAACGAAUGGCUACUGUUCUGAUGUAUCUGUCAGAUGUUGAAGAAGGGGGUGAGACGGUUUUCCCUUCAGCAAAGGGCAACAUUAGCGCUGUGUCUUGGUGGAACCAACUAUCUGAAUGCGGCAAAGAUGGGCUAUCUGUUAAGCCUAAAAUGGGAGAUGCAUUGCUUUUCUGGAGCAUGAAACCAGAUGCAUCUCUAGACCCUUCAAGUUUGCAUGGUGGUUGCCCCGUUAUUAAGGGGAACAAAUGGUCCUCUACGAAAUGGAUUCACGUCGAUGAGUAUAAGGUUUAGAUUUUCUUCAAAAGGUUCAAAUGUGUUAUCAUUUAGUUAUAACAGUUAAUGUUCGAGCAUGACACGAGACCGUUUGGUGGAUCAUAUUCUCAUCCUUCACAAUACUAUAAUAUUUUAUGUAAUUUCUUUCGUAUCAAAUCCUUUCAUCAUUUUUUAUUUUCGAGCUACAAUUUGUAUUUUGAUAAUAUGACAAAACGUAAGUAUAUAGCAACCAUGAUACAUAUCACUAAACAUAGAUUCCUAA